AUGGAUGAAGAGACUCGGCACAGCCUUGAGUGCAUCCAAGCCAAGCAGAUCUUUCCCAGGAAGCAGCUGAUCCGGGAGGAUGAGAAUCUUCAGGUUCCUUUCCUUGAACUGCAUGGAGAGAGCACAGAGUAUGUGGGCCGUGCUGAGGACGCCGUCAUCGCCCUUUCCAAUUACAGACUUCACAUCAAGUUCAAGGAGUCUCUUGUUAACAUCCCAUUGCAGCUUAUAGAAAGUGUUGAAUGCCGAGAUAUAUUUCAGCUUCAUUUGACUUGCAAAGACUGCAAAGUUAUCAGGUGUCAGUUCUCAACCUUUGAGCAGUGUCAAGAGUGGCUUAAGAGACUGAACAAUGCAAUCCGACCACCUGCUAAAAUAGAAGAUCUCUUCUCAUUUGCAUACCAUGCUUGGUGCAUGGAGGUCUACGCCAGUGAAAAAGAGCAACACGGAGACCUGUGCAGGCCAGGGGAACAUGUAACGUCAAGGUUUAAAAAUGAAGUGGAGCGGAUGGGUUUUGAUAUGAACAACGCCUGGAGGAUUUCUAACAUCAAUGAGAAGUACAAGCUGUGUGGUAGCUACCCGCAGGAGCUCAUAGUGCCUGCCUGGAUCACUGACAAAGAACUGGAAAGUGUUGCAGGCUUCCGGUCCUGGAAGCGCAUCCCUGCUGUCGUCUACAGGCACCAGAGCAAUGGCGCUGUCAUUGCCCGCUGCGGACAGCCAGAGGUCAGCUGGUGGGGCUGGAGGAACGCCGACGACGAGCACCUGGUGCAGUCCGUAGCCAAGGCUUGUGCCUCGGACUCCCGAUCCAGUAGCAGCAAGCCGCCGCCGAGGAACAGUCCCCGGGACUUCCCCUGUGCAGGAGACCUCUCUGAUGUGGAGUUUGAUUCUUCUCUGUCAAAUGCUUCAGGAGCAGAGAGUCUAGCCAUCCAACCGCAGAAGCUUUUGAUCUUGGAUGCACGCUCCUAUGCCGCAGCGGUGGCAAACCGAGCCAAAGGAGGAGGCUGUGAGUGCCCAGAGUACUACCCAAACUGUGAAGUUGUUUUCAUGGGGAUGGCAAACAUUCAUUCAAUUCGGAGGAGUUUUCAGUCUCUGCGUUUGCUCUGCACUCAGAUGCCAGAUCCGGGAAAUUGGCUCUCGGCUCUUGAGAGCACCAAGUGGCUCCACCACCUGUCUGUGCUGCUGAAGUCGGCGCUCCUGGUGGUGCACGCGGUGGACCGGGACCAGCGGCCCGUGCUGGUGCACUGCUCCGACGGCUGGGACCGCACCCCGCAGAUCGUGGCGCUGGCCAAGCUGCUGCUGGACCCCUACUACCGAACCGUGGAGGGUUUCCAGGUCCUCGUGGAGAUGGAGUGGCUGGAUUUUGGCCACAAGUUUGCUGACCGGUGUGGUCAUGGGGAGAACUCGGAUGAUCUGAACGAGCGUUGCCCAGUGUUUUUGCAGUGGCUUGACUGUGUUCAUCAGCUUCAGAGGCAAUUUCCAUGCUCUUUUGAGUUCAAUGAAGCAUUCCUUGUGAAACUGGUGCAGCACACCUACUCCUGCCUCUUUGGGACAUUCCUGUGCAACAACGCCAAGGAGAGAGGGGAGCAGCAUACGCAGGAGCGGACGUGCUCGGUGUGGUCACUGCUGCGGGCGGGCAACAAGGCCUUCAGAAACCUGCUGUACUCCUCGCAGUCGGAGGCCGUGCUGUAUCCUGUGUGCCAUGUGCGCAACCUGAUGCUGUGGAGCGCAGUGUACCUGCCCUGCCCGUCCCCGUCCACCCCCGUGGACGACAGCUGCGCGCCGUACCCCGCCCCAGGCUCCAGCCCCGAUGAGCCGCCUCUGAGUCGGCUACCAAAGACCAGAUCAUUUGACAAUCUGACCACCGCCUGUGACAACACAGUGCCUCUGGCCAGCCGGCGCAGCAGUGACCCGAGCCUGAAUGAGAAGUGGCAGGAGCACCGUCGCUCGCUGGAACUGAGCACCCUGGCUGGUCCUGGGGAGGAGUCUGUGGAGCCUGACAGCCUGGGGAAGCCAACCAAAGUGCUGGGUGGUGCCGAGCUGUCUGUUGCGGCUGGAGUAGCUGAGGGGCAGAUGGAGAACAUUUUACAAGAGGCCACCAAAGAGGAGAGUGGGGUAGAGGAGCCAGCCCACAGGGGGGUGCAGGAGGUCAAGGAGAAGGCUCUGUUGGAAGAGGGGAGCAGGGGUAAGGGCCCCGAGGGCUCAGCUCGUGAACUUGAUCAGCAGCCAGAGGUUGGUGAGGCUGCCCUAAGCAGCCAUCCAGGCACCAGCCCUCCUGGGCUCUCUCAGGGUGCUCCUGAGCAGGGCGGGCCCACUGUUCUCCCCAGUUCUCUCCAGGAGCCGCCCAGGGGAGAGGGUACCCAGGAGGUCCCUGUGGCACCCUCUCAGAUAGGAGCUGUGGCAGAGGACAGGCAGGAGGCAGGCCUUCCCGUCUCAGCAGAUGUGGAUGUUGACUCUGGUACCUCACCGUCAAGUUCUCUGCCCUCCCAAGUUCCAUUUGAGACCAGAGGACCAAACAUGGAUGGGUCUGUGGACAUGUUAAUGGAAGAUAAAGUGAAGUCAGACAGUGGGCCCCAGGGCCAUCAUAGACCUGGCCCAGUCCACAGGGACCGGCUCAGUAGCAAGGACGUGCUUCCUCCAGCUGUGGAGCCCAGGCCUACAGAGAGAAGCCUGGCGGAGACGCCCCAGCUGGGGCCUGCGGUGCGCAGGACUUCCCUUGGCGGUGCCUGGAGCCCAGCACAUUCUCCUAGUGCCUUUCCUUUAGCCGAAUGUAAAGAGGGGCUUGUGUGCAACGGUGCCCCAGAGGCUAAAAAUAAGGCCUCGGAGCAGCCCCCAGGGCCUACUACCCUCCAGAAGUACCCCACCCCCAAUGGACACUGCGCCAAUGGGGAGACCGGGAGGAGCAAGGACUCCCUGAGCCGCCAGCUGUCGGCCACAAGCUGCAGCUCUGCCCACGCACACGCGAGGAGCUUGCACCACAAGUGGCUGCACGGCCACUCGGGGAGGCCGUCGGCCGCCGGCAGCCCCGAGCAGCCUUCCCGCAGCCACCUGGACGACGACGGCAUGCCUGUGUACACAGACACGAUCCAGCAGCGCCUGCGUCAGAUCGAGUCGGGCCACCAGCAGGAAGUGGAGACCCUGAAGAAACAAGUCCAGGAGCUGAGGAGUCGCCUGGAGAGCCAGUACCUGACCAGCUCCCUGCGCUUCAACGGGGACUUCGGGGAUGAAGUGACUUCAAUUCCCGACUCGGAAAGCAAUCUGGAUCAGAACUGUUUGUCUCGCUGCAGCACAGAGAUUUUCUCUGAAGCCAGCUGGGAGCAGGUGGAUAAACAGGACACGGAGAUGACCCGUUGGCUCCCUGACCACCUGGCCGCCCACUGCUAUGCGUGUGACAGCGCCUUCUGGCUUGCCAGCCGGAAGCAUCACUGCAGGGAUACUGAUCGUGUUGAUCAAACAUGGAACUGUGGGAAUGUAUUCUGCUCCAGUUGUUGUAACCAGAAGGUUCCAGUUCCCAGCCAACAGCUCUUUGAACCUAAUCGAGUGUGCAAGUCUUGCUAUAGCAGCCUGCAUCCCACAAGCUCCAGCAUUGACCUAGAACUGGAUAAGCCCAUUGCUGCCACUUCAAACUGA